AUUGCCAAUAGUAAUUCCCUGAUACAAAACCAUGAUGUACAAAAGAAUAAAAGGCAAACCCUUAGUAAUGAUUUUCCUGAAUUGCCCAUGAAGCAAGUGUUGCGUGAUGUUACUAAUUGUACAUCACCGAACGAAGCUGUUCUAAUAACUUCGGAUGGUUUAGCAAAAACUGUUGAUAUACCAAAUACGAACGAAGAAGAAAUAUUGACUGCAAAUGAUAUGAUAACUCCAGCAAUUAAUUUUAAUGAUAUUAAUGAGAAAUUACUUUCGAGUAAGAAAUACAUUGAUGCUAAUAUGCCGACAAAGACGUUUUUGCUGUUAUUAAAUAAAGAGGCUGAUCGUAUAAAUGAUCCGGUAAGAGACGUAAGUGUAACAAGUAGAAAAGAGAAAGUUGCAAAUAAUGUAGAUUGGGACGAUAUGUUUGAUACAGAGCUAUUUGAAAAUAUAAAAUACCCCAUGCCAAUAAGGUUAGAAGAUGACACAGAUCAUACAGAUAAUAACUUUAAGAUUGAAUUUCCUAAAGAUAAAAAGAAAAAGCAAAAACAAUAUAAUAACAAAGUAAUUAAACCUAAAUCUGAUGUAAAAGCUAAUCGUACUUUAUCAAAAAAGGUUAAAAAAAUAAUAUGCAAGGAGGAUAUAACAGAGAAAACAUUGAUGAAAAACUUAAAAAAAGUAAAUAGUACAAAAGCAGUUAAAAAUUGGCUCGAUGAUGUCGAUCCAAACAAUUUUGUGGAAAACGAAAUUGGCCAAUACGGAGCCAGUGAUAUGAGUGUACCAAAAACACUCAAAAUCCAUGUAAUAAAUGUUGAAAAAAGCCCCUACGAUGGUAAAAGUAGUACUGUUACUAUGGCUACAGGUAUUGAAACUCCUAAAGAACAAGCAGAAACUACUAUCAAAAAUGAAUCUCUCUUAAGACCACUAAGCCAAAUGGAGGAACUGUAUAAAAACGUUGCAAUGGAAAUAAAUGAACCCAAAUCUGCAUUACUUAACGGAUCAGAAGCUGCAAAAACUCCAUUAGAUAAAGUAAUCGACAAGAAACCGAAAACAAAGAAUAAGAAAGUAGUACAAUCGAGACUUGCUGAAAAGGACGGUAAAAUGAAAUUUGGACCACCAGUUAAAGGACAAAAUGAAAGCAAGACGGAAGAGACAAACGACGAUCAGACGAAAAAUAAGGAGGCUGUCAAAGAUAAAAAAGUAAAAUCGAAAUUUGUCCCUCCUAUUAAAUCACAGAUUCCAGUGAAAAACGUUACAUUUGAGGUGGUGACGAUAGAUGAAAGCAAUUUACAUCUCAUUAAUGAUUUGACAAGGACAGAAGAUAAUAUUGCUAUGAUAUUAAUUUACAAGAAUGGCUUUAGUCAACUCAACCAUCACCACACAGAAGAUAAAGGCGUCACUGAAGGCGUCAUGAUCCAAUCGCAGGAGAAAUUCUUCUAUUUCAAAGAUAAUGAACGAAACAGUAAUCUCUUGAAGCAAUUGCUAGAAAAGUGCCAAGUAAUAUGUUACAAUGCCAAGCCAAUGCUUAUACAUCUGAUUGCAAAAUAUGGUAUAGAGUUAAAGCAAAAUGCAUUCAACUUCUACGAUGCCAAGAUAGGAGGCAGUCUCAUAGACCCAGACAAUCCUCCAGAAAAUUUUGCGGAACUACAAAAGCUUCUAGGUUUCACACCAGAAUUCACUAUAGCCACAGAGUGCGUAUUGCAAAAGGCUGCCUGGUACAUAACUCUACUCAGAGAAUGCUUCGACAAGCUGAAAUCUUUGCUAACAGAUAAUUGCGUUUGGAACGUUUUUGUCGAAAUUGAGAUGCCUCUGUUACCCGUUAUUGCAGGAAUGGAAUAUCGCGGAGUAAGCGUAGAUCUAGAAAAACUAAAGUCAAUGGAGGACAUUCUUCUAACAAAAAUGAAGUCAGUAGAGCAAGAGUGCUACAAAGCAGCAGGGAAGACUUUUCAGAUAAAUUCGACUUUGCAAGUGCGUACGAUUCUGUAUGACGAACUGCAGUUGGAUACGAAGAGUAACUUGAAGAUUAAAGAAACGAUUGGCAAAGGAGCUAAAUCUACAUCGGAAACUAUGUUACGUGGGCUGGUCUCGGUACACCCGCUACCACAGCUAAUCCUGGAAUACCGUCAUCUGCAUAAAGCGCACGCAACUUUCCUCACCGGCAUAGCCCAGCACGUGAAAGAUGACUCUGUUAAGCCUACUUGGGUGCAGAUGGCAGCUGCUACUGGUCGCAUCGCCUCAAACAACCCAAAUCUGCAAGCCAUUCCCAAAGCACCGUUCAGCCUCGUCGUGUUUCCUCAAAAUUCUGAUGAUCAGGAGCCGACCCUAAACUUCCGCUCCGUGUACACCGCUCGUCCCUCCCACUGGUUCAUAGCCGCCGACUUCAAGCACAUCGAGUGCCGCGUGUUCGCUCACGCCGCCGACGAUGCCACGUUACAAGAUGUUUUAAGAAGUGGCCAGGACUUGUUCAAAGUGCUUGCUGCUAAGUGGUUGAACAAGCCGGUAGACGAAGUAUUGUCGGAAGACCGCGAGCGCACGAAGCGUAUAGUCUACGCCAGCCUGUACGGCGCCGGGGCUCGGAAGCUUAUGGAAAUACUACACAUAAGCUAUGAGCAGGCCUUGAGUGUUAUGUCCAGUUUUAAUCGUACAUUCCCCGCUCUAAAGUCCUUCGGCCGCGCUGUAGUCGCAAAAGCAACGAGCGGCGCGCUCCGCUCUCUCUGCGGGCGCGCGCGUCGAUUCCCGCACAUAGCCAGCGCCGACGCGACGUUGCGAGCUCAGGCGGAGCGGCAGGCGGUUAACUUCAUCGUGCAAGGUUCGGCAGCGGACUUAUGCAAGAAAGCGAUGGUCGCAGUGCAGCGUACCUUUGAAUCCACAGCAGUGGCCAGUCGUUUGGUGUUGCAGAUACACGACGAAUUGGUAUGGGAAGUUGCUGAAGGCCACGUGGAUAGAGCUGCUGUAAUAAUCAAGUAUGCCAUGGAAAAUGUAGGCCGGGACUCUGGCAUGAACAUGACAUUGCCUAUUGAGCUGACGUAUGGACGCAACUGGGGCGAGAUGCGACCCUUCCAAGCCUAG